UGUACACUGCUCUAAAUGGUUACAAAGCCACUGAAAAAUCAAGGGUAUAAUCAAAAGCAGAAUUUGAGCACAUAAAUUUUACCGAAUGCUGUGUCUAAUUUCUUGGAUGCAUGCACAUUCUCAGCAAGGCGGAGAAGUCAGCUCAGUGUGCAUUCAGCACAAAAAUGAAACUUCUAACAAUGCCCUUUCAACUUUUUUUUUUGUUUGUUUUUGACAUAAAGCCUACAAGCUGUGCUAUUGGUGCAUCAUACACACUGUCAUAAGAGUUGGGUAGUUUCAGCUGUUGUGCAAAUAGGAUAGAGCUUUGAAACUCUUUGCUGUUGCAUGAAUCAGAUUGCAAUGACCUGCAUAAAGAUCUGAUAUCUAUCUGAGAAAAUGUUCCAGAUCCUCACAGUGCUGUUGCUGGAAACACAGCUCUCCAUUGUUUCAGCUUUACUUACAGUUGAAGUUCCUCAACAGCUCUACACUGCAGAGUAUGGGAGCAAUGUGACCAUGGAAUGCAGAUUCCCUGUGAAUGGCUCAGUGGAUCUAGGACUCCUGACUGUUGUUUGGGAGCAGAAAAGGUUGAAAUCAAAAGAGGUGUACACAUUCCGCAAUGGGAAGGCACUCCAUGAAUCCCAACAUCCUGAUUACAUAGGAAGAGCAUCACUUCUGCACAGUGAACUGAAGUUGGGACGAGCCAUCCUUCAGAUCACCAAUGUGAAGAUAGCAGAUGCAGGCUCGUACCUUUGUCUCAUUGACUACCAGGGCGUGGACUACAAGUACAUUGCUUUGGAAGUGAAAGCAUCUUACAAGAGAAUAAACACUGAAGUAAUGAGAAUACCAGGUGAAGACAAGUUUGUUUUUAUGUGCCAGUCAGAAGGCUUUCCUCUGGCAGAGGUUUUCUGGCAACAUGAGAACCUCAAUCUCAGUGGACUGCCAAACACCACCUAUACACUGACUGCAGAUGGCCUCUACAAUGUCACCAGCACCCUGACAUUCAAACCAAAUACGAGUGAGAACUACACCUGUGUCUUCUGGAAUAAAGAACUGAAUAGAGAAACAUCAGCUCACUUUUCCACUUCAGCUUUAAUGAGUACACAGUAUAGUGGACAAAAAUUCCUGAUCUCUUUAAUCAUCCCCACAUGUGUCACUGUAUCUGUCCUUGUCUCUGCACUAAUAAUAUUUCGGAAGAGAAAAUCAUUCAAGAAUGAGAAAUCCAAAAAAGACAAGAAAAGAAAACUGAACCCUAAUGCAAAGGAUAACAGUGAUGAUUUUAACUCUCACACUGAGGCUUUAUACUUGUCAACUGUCACAGUUUCAAGAGACAGUGGGAGUGUGGUUCUGUGAAAAUUCUUCAUCUUACAUGCCAUAAUUUGCACUUUUUCUAUCUGUUUUUGGGGACGUCAGAAGAAAAUUACAGCACUUUAGCCUUGGGAUAAACAGUGAACUCAUGGGGAUGUAUUUGCACUUCAGUGAUGGAAAGCUAUGCCUCCUCAGAUACCACAUCUUCUUGAAGUUACUGGGAACUACACUGUCAUGAAAUGUGGUUUACCACUGUGGAGAGGUCAUCUGAGUGCCUUUGACACACUUUAUUUUUGGACUUACUUUUGUUCAAGGGAUUUUUGUUUAAGAAUACCUUUAUUAAGUUCCAGUCUCAGGAACAGUGCUUGGAUUCAAACAUCUUGUGGAAUUUGAAUAAAAUCUGUAAAUACUAUCUUAUGUCAAAUACCUUUCAGGUGGAAACAUCCUUACAUGCCCAUAUCCCAUUUCCAAAUUUUCUAACACAUUAAACUGGAUAUCACUACAAGUGCUCACUAUCAUUGCAACAUCUAGAAGAUAAUUCAUAUCACAAGAGCAAUAAGAUGUUGAAAUUAAAUCAAAGGAGAGACAAAAAAAAUACCAAAACCAGCAAUAAAUCAACAUUAUGUUGCGUAAGAGAAUUUUCAUGUCUAUAAAACACCUCACAAGUAAGUCAGGCAAAAAAACAUGAACUGUGAUACUAUACUACAUUACAGUAAAAAGUUUCAAAUUUGAAGUCAUUAUUCCACAGAAUUUUCUUUAGGAGGAAUUUGGAAGCAAAAUCAAAAUAAAGCUCAGACAGAUUUCUGCACUGGUUAUUUUUAAACAGUAAGUAGUUUUGCCUCUGUUCAGAGGAAGAAGUGAGUCUUUUCCAUGCCAGUCUGCUUUACUUCCUAAUACUGAAAGGUCACAUUUGGGAAAAUAUCCAAAAUGAAACAACUUUGCAUCUUAGAUAGUCAUGAGAUAGUGAAGCAAGGGCACUAGCUAAGAUCUGUCAUAUUAUUUUGAAAGACCAGUGGCUUUGGUAAGCUGUCUUUUCUACUAAGAUAGAUGUAACAAGAUUGAAGAAAGGUGUUCCCACGAGAGCUACUUCUGUCAUGAUUUUGCUCUUAGAAAAGCUCCACUGAAUAAAGUUUUUUCAUAGCACUUGCUCUGAAUUUGGAUGGAAGCUGCUUCUCCAGUGGCAUUUUGCAGUUAUUUACUCCACAAAAAGUGGACCGACAGUGCUGCUAUGAGACCAGAACAUCAGCAUUCAUCCUCUCUUGUUUCAUCAGGACAGGUGAUUUUAAAAAGCAGGACUGCCAUUGAUUUUACUUGUGGAAAACUAA